UUCUAAAGUCUAGAAAAUCACCCAACAAAACUUGAAACUGACAAUCUUGCCACCCGCAGACCAAGUAUACAUCGGGCAGUSCACUUGAUUUCUUGUUUCUCGGCAUAUUUACCUUAAGCGAUAUCUAYGGCCACCAACCAACGAUAUAAGACAACAAAAUCUCCAGCGAUCGUAAUAAAUUUUAUAAAAUUCGGGGUUCACAAUGUUUUCUUCCCGCCAUCGACGUGAGCCUUCUAUGUUUUAACAGCGGUUAUUACACAAAGUACUUUGUAGCCAAGCCAGACAAAGCAACAAAUAUGGCGGACGGAGUGUAACAAACUUACAACUUUUGUAAAUCAUGGACUUGGGCUUAGAAUGCUAUGUAUCUAAGCACAAUGGAUUUUGUGGACAGAUUAAGAGAUCCUACGAAGACUUCCAGGUCGUGGAGAUAGAUGAAAAUGGAUUUGAAGUCAGGCUGAUUGAUAAUAUUGAGAGUGUUUCAGUAAGCUUACAUGUAGCUGAUGAUGAAAAUAAACUUGAAAAGGAAGCCAUCGCAUUUGAGAUGUUAUCUGAUGAAACUAUUGUCCCGAAAUUUGAGAAAAAGGAUAAGAAAACAGCUUUUUAUCAGCCAGAAAGUUUCAUGGACUCAGUGAAGAUUAAAGAAGCUGAAAAUAACCUGACUGGUGUUCUUGGACAGAGUAUGAUGUGUAAACUCUCUCAACUAUCUCAUACUUUACAGGCAAAUGCAAAUAAUGGCUGUUKUUCAUUAGGAAGUUUCAAUGACAAAACUGUCAGGACUUCUAUUCAUCUUYACACAAGAAUGGUAUUUCCUGCUGUGCAAACUACAACUAUUCAAGAGUCUGGGCAGUACACAAUGACAGCAAGAAUAGAUCCAGUUUUUACAGACUUUACAACUUUAAUCUCUGAAAUAAAAGAUAUUGAAAACUUGAUGAGGUUUUGCCACUGUUUAGACAAAAGCUCUUCAGCUUCUUACAACUUGYCAUGUAAUGACRACAAGGAAUGUCGUACAAAGAUCCACAGACUUCUUGCUAAGAAUUUUGGUUCAUUUUUGGAGAGCAAAACGUUUCCUGCAAGCAAAGAUAACAAUGGGUAUAUUCAAGUUAGAAUGAGAACUAAAAAGAAAUYAAAAGGAACAAAAAGAAAUGACAAGAGCAUUCUUGGGAAAGGGUCAAGAAGUAAUUUGUACACUGAAUUUGUUUUAAGAAAAGAAAACAUGGAAACUCUGGAAGCAAUUGAAAGUCUGUGUAAAACUGUUGGAGUCUAUCCAUCUGAGUUUAGUUAUGCUGGAACAAAGGAUAAGAAAGCAAUAACAAUACAGAACAUGGCAGUCAGGGGUGUUCUGCCUCACAGGUUGCACAAAGUAAACAGUGAUSCAUUGUUACAAAACAUCAAGAUUGGAAGCUACAAGAUGGUCAAGCAACCUUUGAAAAUGGGAGAUUUGACAGGAAAUGUUUUCAAGAUAUUGAUUCGAGAUAUUCAUCAAAAAGGCAUACCAUCUAAUUGGUCGUCACAUGCAUUGCAUAAUGAAAUUAUGUUAUCAUUGGUGAUGAGGUGUAAAUCUGUCUUGAAACUUUCACAGGAAKCSUUGAAAAACACAGCCGCUCAUGGAUUURUAAAUUAUUUUGGUUCUCAAAGGUUUGGCCACGAGGAGGGUGUUACAACACGUGGUGAUACUAUAGGCUUAGCAAUGCUACAAGGAAAUAUGAUCAAAGCUGUAAAUUUGAUUCUUAUGCCCGAGUCUGACAAAAACGAUGAAGCAAACGCUGCAAAAAGAUAUUAUCAGGAAACAGGAGAUAUUUCUGGGACAUUAUCGAGAAUGCCUAAUAGCAAGAUACGUGAGCGACUUAUUCUAAAGUCGCUUCAUCGACAUGGCAGAGAUCAAGAUGGCUGCACGAAGGCUUUGUUCAGUAUCCCAUACUCAAUGCGUCUCAUGUACGCCCACAGCUUCACCAGUCUUGUAUGGAACAAKAUGGCGUCCAAACGACUACAAGACUACACUGACCUGGGAAUAGUAGCUGGAGAUCUUGUUUGUGAUUACACUGCUAAUGAGGAUUCAAAAGGACUGGAUUUGARAGGUUCAAUUAAGUCAGUUAAAGGCUUGAUACUAGGAAAGAAAGACUUGUCUGAGGUUGCCGAUGUUACUUUAUCACAGCACUUCAAUAAACCAAGUGCCGAGUGUAAUGUAAAUGAUGAGAUUUUAAAGCGUGCUUCUGGAACUAUACAGCAGGAACACUUAGCUAAAGAUGAAAAUGAAAUCACUCAAGAAACAGGUGGUGUAAAUGUUGAAAAUAAAGUUGGGUCCAUCAACCACGAGAACGAUCAUUGGGGUGUGGAUAAAUCACGUGUUAGAAUCGCCACUGUUGACGACGUCCAAGAUAAGAAAUUUACGAUACGGGAUUUGGUUCUUCCCAUACCGGGAUAUAACGUCCUGUAUCCGACAAAUACWAUAGGRGAAAGAUAUCGCGAGACUCUUGAGUUGAGUGGGCUGACGGAUAAACAUUUUAGGCUKCGUUCUCUUGGACUAUCRCUACCUGGUGGUUAUCGCMGAGUUAUUGCUGUACCUAGGGAUCUUCGUUACAAGUGGAUCGUUGACAAUUCAGUAUCAACUGCUGCAACUUGUUCUGUUGCUAAUUCAGSUUCUUGUCAACUUGACGCUAAAACUCAACUCUUAUCAAGUAAAACACACCAGGCUUAUACUGGGAUGAAGAGAGAAUUACAAAACAUUUCACUCGUUGAUACUGAAAACGAUAAAGAGUCGCAACUAUGUGAAGACUUAACGAAACCUGCAAAACGAGCAAAACAUGACAAUGAAACGAAGGGUGCUGAAAUACCACUGACCAAUGACGUCGAACUUUGCUUUAAACUUGACUCGUCGUGUUAUGCUACUAUGUGUUUGAGGGAAAUGAUGAAAUCUUAAUUAUAUUGACAGAUUGAUAUGAAAACUAAAGACACAAAAAUCCUUGUGUAGCAGUUUGAGCGAGAAAUCCCCCGAGAUGUACUCCACUUGAUGACAUAAAUUGUAUUAUGUUAUUGUGUAUCCUUCAGCUUUGUUGUGAAUUAGAAAUGAUUUAUUA